AUGCAUUUCCCCAUCACUUUACUCAGCCUUGCUAGCCUCGGCCUGAAUAUGCUCCCUGUCCAGUCCGCAGCGGUUCCCCCCACUGAUUUGGCUCGCCGCUCUGAGCAGUCAAGCAACCUUGCCUCUUUCUCUGGCAUGGUCGAGAAGCGCCACACCUACGGGGUGGAUGAAGACGAGGCCGCACUCGAGAAGCGCCACACCUACGGAGUGGAUGAAGACGAGGCCGCACUCCAGAAGCGCCACACCCACGGGGUGGAUGAAGACGAGGCCGCACUCGAGAAGCGCCACACCUACGGGGUGGAUGAAGACGAGGCCGCACUUGAGAAGCGUCACACCUACGGAGUGGAUAAAGACGAGGUCGUAUACGUCUAG